UUCAGAUCGCUCGCAAGGAUAACGCGCAAGGAUGCGAGCAAAACGCGGGGAGUAAACAAAGCAUAAAUAAUACAAUUAAAAGUUGAGCGCGCUGCCUUCGCACAGGACAUUCGCACACUUGUAGCCCAUUUCCUUCGGGCAGUGCAACACAAAAGUGCAGGCAUUAAUUAAUUUAAUGCAUAUGUUGCCCAUCCUGGCAGUACAAAAGUGGAUCCAUUUGAAGCGAGUGAGUAAGUGAGUGAGUGAGUGAGUGAAAAGUGUUCGACGAAGCGCUUAAAGGACCGCGCUGUUUGCCGUGUGCGAUGCCCAUAACAACGGGGUUCGCGAUUGCCUUUUAAGGUGGGGCGAUUAAGUCACGCUCCUCCGUAUCAGCGGCAUCGGCCGACCAGGAGCUUGGGGGCAUUGACACUGUGGUUUCAGUGCGGAAACUAAAAACCAUUAAGUCCUGACUUGUCAUACCAAGAGGUGUUGUAUCAUUCCAGGUGCAAAUGUAUCCUUUAAAGCUCUGUGCUGUUAUACCUUUAACUCACAGCUGCAGCAUCUAAUAUUUUAUUUAAAAUCCCAUGUUUUAGGCGCUAGCCACCACCGAAAGCAAAUGUUCCCGCCCAGCUCUGAAGGACACAUCCGAGUGUCGCAGCGUGACUAGGCUAAGCAGACCCCGCAGAUUGCAAUUAUAAUCCCCAAGGGGAUCAGGUCAUCAGGAUGCACCAGGUACUCAGCUACGAGACGGCGGUGCGGGCCAACAGCUCUCGGGAGUUCCGCGAGUACGUCUCCAAGCGCACCUGUGCCUCCCUGGUGCUAACGAUUGCCUUCUUCAUGCUGAUAACAGGAUAUCUGCUCGGCAAUUUCGUGGCCGAGCGCAAGUACCACAUACGCCAGAUGACGAAGGACGGCGGCAGGUCCGUGAAACUGAGCAGCGCGGAGUAUGCCAGCCUGCAGGAGCUGCAAUCAUAUCAGAAGGCCAAGAGCCAGCUGCUGCUGGCCGCCCAGGAGCUGGACAAGCUGCAGCAGCAGGACGAGAGCGAGGGGUACCUGGCCACCUCGCUGAACACGGAGAUCUUCAACAGGUACAUAUCCUGCACGCAGGACAUACCGCCCAACACGAACAUUGGGGCCAGCCAGUUCACGGAGCAGCUGAUCGACAACACGGUGGCCAGGCAGCGCCACUGCUUGAUGAUCAUCCAGCGGGUCAUCGACAACCACCUGGCCAACAGCCAGCUCUAGGGC